AUGGCAAAGUCUGUAAAGGAAUUGCCAAAUUCCGGAAUGCAUCUUUCAUAUGAGAUCAUCUUCAUGAUACUUGUAAGGUUGCCGACGAAAUCCUUGCUAAAGAUGAAGCGGGUUUGUUCCCAAUGGCGUUCCAUAAUCUCUGAUCCUCGUUUCAUCAAAGCACACCUCGAUGCAGUAAAUGACGAACGCAACAAUCAUCUUACAAGGUAUCUUCAUUGGCCUCCGUUGAUGAGAUCUAUAGGAUUAGAAGAUGAGGAUCAGGGGUAUGAAUAUACUUUUCCUGUGACAAAAUUUUCAGACAAUGCAGAGAUUUUAGGUUCUUGUAACGGAUUGAUUCUAUUAGGUGAUGAUGAUCGUACUUACUACUUGUGGAACCCUUCAACUCGGUUGUUGAGAAAAUUUGAUGGUCCUUCUCUAUUUAGAGGAGAAUUUAGGAACUUCGGAUUUGGUUACGAUUCAACUACUAGUGCAUACAAGGUUGUAAGGAUCGUGCGUGUUACCAGUCAUAAGGUGGGAUUGAGGCCUCCUGAAAAUAAGAAAUACUGUUAUGAUGCAACUAGUGCCAACGUGUAUAAUUGCAAGACUAACCGUUGGAAGAAGAUUGAAGAUUUCCCAUAUGUCAUCUUCGAAAAUUCCCAGGGAGUAGUUGUAAACGGGGUCCCACAUUGGGUGAUGUUUCGGGAUCAUCAUGGUGAAGAUGAUGCUAUAGAUCUUGUCAUCGUAUACUUUGAUUUGGCGGAGGAAAAAUUCAAAGAGAUCCCAAACCCCAAUUGGUUAGUGCACUCCUCUUCGUUUGAAUUUGGUGUUCUUGAUGGACGAUUAUGUUUUAUUCACCAGACCAAACGACAAAAUGAAGUAUGGGUUAUGCAAGAGUAUGGGCAAGAUUCUUGGACUGAUAUAUCUUCUGAAGUCGAUAUCGAUAGUGUUUGUAUCACAGGCUGGAAAUCUGGCAAUACAGUUAUGUACAGUAGAGGUCCGAAGUUCUUUGAUGCAGUAAGAUAUGUUGAGAGCUUAGUCUCUCCCCAUGGUGGGAGUGAUAUGAUUGGAUGAGAUCAUAGCGAAUGGAUGGACC